AUGGUAACAGCGCACCGGAAACAGCUCGUGCCUGCCCUGCGAGUCGCUCCUGGUGGGGCCCGGCGGCCGCUCGGCAGCAUCCCAGCUUCCGCCCAUCAGGCUGGCGGCCGGAAGUGUCGCUACAGGCGCGUUUCCUGGAAGCGAGGACAGUACGGGCGGACGCAGCCGAGGGACCGAGAGAUGGAGGCGACGCCGGGGCCCGGGGAAGCAGGAGGCUCCAGCUGCCGGCUGGAGUUCGCCGUGCAGAUGAACUGCCAGGAAUGCGUGGAUGCCGUGCAGGCCUCUCUGCAAGGAGCAACAGGGCUCCGGGUACUGGACAUUCGGCUAGACUCUCAGAGUGUGCUGGUGGAGACCAGCAUGGAUGCUGGGAAGGUGAAGGGCCUGCUGGAGAGCACAGGCCGCCGGGCUGUGCUGAAGGGCAUGGGGAGCACUGCGCCACAGAACCUCGGUGCAGCUGUGGCCAUGAUGUCAGGCCCCAGCCUGGUCCAAGGUGUGGUGAGAUUCCUGCAGGUCUCGCCAGAGAAGUGUCUCAUUGAAGGGACUAUUGAUGGCCUGGAGCCAGGGUUGCAUGGGCUGCACGUCCAUGAAUUUGGGGACGUCACGAACUCCUGCGACAGUUGUGGAGAUCAUUUCAACCCAAAUGGGGAGUGUCACGGGGGCCCGCAGGAUGCGCACAGGCAUCUCGGAGACCUUGGCAACGUGCUGGCUGGCAGUGAUGGAAGAGCAGACUUCCGAAUGGAGGACAGCCAGCUAAAGGUCUGGGACAUCAUCGGCCGCUCUCUGGUGGUGGAUUCUGGUGAGGACGACCUUGGCCAUGGGAGUCACCCACUCUCUGAAGUCUGUGGGAACUCUGGUGAGAGGCUGGCCUGUGGGAUCAUUGCCCGAUCUGCCGGGCUGUUCGAGAACCCCAAGCAAAUCUGCACCUGCGAUGGCGUGACGCUGUGGGAGGAGCGGGAGAAGCCAGUGGCAGGGCCAGGCAGGAGGGUGCUUGGCCAGCCUGCCCCUCACCUGUAGGAUUACGGCCUUCCUUUCUCCACGUUGUGCCUACUUGUUGUUGCUCUAUGCCAGGGCUCAGUGUGGUUCUAGCAUCAAAUAGGUGGCGCUUUGGGCCUGCGGUAUGGGAGCUCUGACGUGACCUUUAGGUGGGGACUGGACUUCUCCACAGCAUCUCCCUCUCAUACCACAGUCUUGUUCUUCUAUUGUCAACCUCUGAGCAGCUUUGUGUCCUGACCCUUCCCCAGCUGGGUGCUGCUAAACUCACUGCAGAUGGUGUCUCAUUUUAUAGGGGAGCUGUAAAUAGGCUCUGAAGUUUUUUGCUGUUUUGGGAUUUGUAAAGGCAGUGAAAAAAGCAUCUUAAUUUUUUCCCCCUUGCUUAUUUGUUCCUUUUUAAACAGCAGGGAUAUCAAGGGUGGUUUUGCUGCGGGUACUAGAAAUGGGGAGGCAGGGAGCUUGGGAGUUCUCGUGAUCACUUUUGCACUAAGUAGAUUGGUUGGGGGUUGAAUCUUUAAUAAUAAAAUAUUAAUAAUCAUUAGUUUAUAUCUAGCACUCUGAACCAGCAUACCACCAAGCACUUUACAAAGGAGUUUAGUAUCAUCUGCAUUUUACAUAUGAGGAAACUGAGGCACGGGGGGAAGUGAUUUGCCCAAGGUCACCUAGCAGGCCAGUGGCAGAGCUGGGUUUAGAACUGAGGUUUCCCAAACCAGUGCUCUUUCUACUAAGCCAUGUAAACAGAUAGGACAUUGUCCAUAGAAAGAAAAGGAGUACUUGUGGCACCUUAGAGACUAACCAAUUUAUUUGAGCAUAAGCUUUUGUGAGCUACAGCUCACUUCAUCAGAUGCAUGCUGUAGCUCACGAAAGCUUAUGCUCAAAUAAAUUGGUUAGUCUCUAAGGUGCCACAAGUACUCCUUUUCUUUUUGCAAAUACAGACUAACACAGCUGCUACUCUGAAAAUUGUCCAUAGAGAUCAUUAGUGACUGGAGUUACAUGAGUAUCUACAGGAAACCUGCAAAGGUUUCUUUGAGCUCAGGAUCAAAGUCCCAUGCUGCUCUGCCCAGACUGUUUUGGGAAAUCUGUCAGUGCCCUGGAUUGCAUGCAUUGCAGAAGAAGAGAAGGUACUGAGCUACCUAGACCGGACAAAUGUUUCUAGAUGGCUCCAGCCUGAUCAUAGGCAGCCACAGAGGAGGGCCUGGGUUAGGUUGCAGCCUGUUUUCAAUUUAAAAUCAAUUGUGGAGGCUGAGAUGACUUUAAGUAUCUUUCAUGUGCACUGAAUCUGCCAUUAAAUAUUAUUUUCCUA